AUGUCGACCACUCCAACCUCGGUCGACGCAGACGGCGUCAGACGCAAGCGGCGCAACUCAAGCCCGGGAGCAGACGAGAGACAGGCACAGAGGCAGCGAGCACAGCGUACCAUUAUUGCCUGUGAGCGGUGUCGGAUGAAGAAGCUCCGUUGCAUGGGUGGUCUUCCCUGCAGUGCUUGUCAGCGAGCCAAGGUCGAGUGUGGCUUUGGUGAUCGGGAACGCGACUCUCAAAAUAGCAUCUCGAUUGCGAAUCAACGCAUUUCUCAACUUGAGAAGACGGUUGCCGAGCUGAUAGCUACUAUCAACCGUGAGACAAAUACCCUUCCACCAAGAACUCUUGUUCAACCUUCGACCCGGCUUUCAGAGCGCCCUGAAAACCCUGGGGAUACUCAACGAGUUUCGAGGUCUUCAAUUUUUCGUUCUGGCCUUGGACUCGCUGCCCCAAAUGGCAGUUUGAUUAUGACACCAGAAGCCUCUCAGGGCUCAGUCGAUCCAAGGAGUUCGGAAAGACUAGAAUCUCGUUGGUCUGCUUUGCAGCAUGAUUCUGCCCCUUUUCCGGCUUUGAUGGGCCAUCCAGCUGCUUGGUUAGAAAGGCCAGUUAAGACCAACCCUGGGGGCGUGUCUCCCAACACGGUUGGAAUGACCAUCUAUAAAGCUCAGGUGCAUUUACAAAGCGAACCAGUUUCAGAAGGUAUCGUUGAAGAGGUGGUGGCUCGAGCUCUCUUCACCUUGUUCUUCCAGAAGUGCCAUCCAUCAUUCCCCAUGCUUGAGUCAUACGAGGACCUUGGCAGACACUUUGAGCACAUUCGGUCGUCAUCACCAUUCCUCUUCACCAGCAUUCUUGCUAUUGCAGGCCGCUACUAUAACAGCUAUCGAGAGAGGUUACUCGCCCUAGAAAGACCCCAAGCUAUCACCGUCAACGCCCUCGAAGCUCUUGCUGAGCUCGCCUGCGCGCAUCUUGGGUUUGUCCUCUUCCGUAAACAGCAUCAGCUAUCGGACGUGCAAGCCACUCUGCUGCUCUCUGUCUGGAUCCCGCGUGGAAAAGGGCAGUCUGCAGACCAAUGGAUGAUAUCGGGGCUGUGUAACCGUUUGGCCCAUCGGAUCGGGAUGACCGACUUAUGGAGUCGUCCAGAAGUACAGCGAUUCAUCAAUUCGCCCAACCCCGACGUGAAGGAUACACAGCUAGUCGACGAGAUACUGCCCCAAUGGCACACCUGGCUGAUGCUUCAUCAGUAA